AUGUCAGAAUUGGAAGUUGAUAUAUUAUCAUUAUCUUUGACAUUUGAUUUCGAAGCAUACUUUACAGAUAAAACAGAUGGUGAUGGGGAUGAUAAAGAUGGAUCAGACAUUUGUAGGUUUUUUUUAAAAGGUUCAUGCACCAAAGGUUCUGAUUGUCCAUAUAAACAUACAAAAGCAGAAAGAGCAGUAGUUUGUAAACAUUGGUUAAGAGGUCUUUGUAAAAAAGGUGAACUAUGUGAAUUUUUACACGAAUAUGAUUUACAAAAAAUGCCUGAAUGUUAUUUCUUUUCAAAACAUGGUGAAUGUAAUAAUCAAGAAUGUAUGUAUUUACAUGUUAAUCCUGAAGAAAAGGUUAGAGAAUGUCCAUGGUAUAGUCGUGGAUUUUGUAAACAUGGUCCAAAAUGUAGACAUAAACAUAUAAAGAAAUUAUUAUGUGAAAAUUAUUAUUUAGGUUUUUGCCCAGAAGGCCCGAAAUGUAAAUAUGGUCAUCCUAAAUAUGAAUUACCAAAAGAAGAACCAGAGAAAAAAGUUAAUAUACAGGAACAAUUUGAAAUGGAACAGCAACAGCAACAACAGCAACAACAACAACAAUUUCAUCAUCAUCAACAACAAAAUCAACAAUUUAACGGAAUGGGUGGAAAUAAUAAUAAUAAUGAAUUUAGACCUAAACAACAAUUUCAACAAAACCAACCAUUUAAUAAAGGUGGACCAAUGGAAAAUGGAUUCAAUCCUAAUAAACCAAUUAUUUGUCAUAAAUGUGGAACACCUGGUCAUAAAUCGAAUGCAUGUCCAAAUUCUGAACAAUUUAAACAAGGUAAUGGACCACCAGGCCAACAAUCUUAUGGUGGCGGCGGUGGAGGUUUUAAACCUCAAUUUAAUAAUGGCGGUAACCCUCCAAAUUUAGAAUCUGUAAUUUGUAAAAAAUGUCAACAAACUGGUCACUAUGCAAACAAAUGUCCGAAUAAAAAAGUGGGUGGAUACCAAGGUUUUAAUAAUCAGAAUCAACCACCUCAAGGUGGUCAACAAAAUAUGUAUUAUCAACAACAACCACCUCAAGGUGGUCAACCUCCCCCUCAUUAUUAUCAACAACAACAACAACAACAACAACAACAAUAUUGA